UCUUUCAAUAAAUAAAACUCCUUUUCUCCUUAGCAUUAUCUAUAUUCUAACGCUAUUUUUAUUUCUUUUUUUUUACUGUUGAUUUGUUUCCCUUGGAUGCUCGCAUGGCGUGUCUCGAUUUAGGCACAGCUUCCCGCUACGUUCCACGCCAUCUUCAAAGACCGAACCUUCACAACAAUUACCAGCCCGAACCCGAAGAUCACGUCGUUUCAAACAACCGCGGUGGAGGUGCUGACGGUGGUUCAGGCCAAGUUCAGGACCUUGUCAGCGGUGCUAAUUCGGAUGACCUUGUUAUAGCACGUAGGCCGAGGGGUCGUCCACUGGGUUCCAAGAACAAGACGAAGCCGCCGGUUAUCGUAACUCGGGAGAGUGCAAACACGCUCCGAGCUCACAUUCUGGAAGUUUCGGGCGGCUGCGAUGUUUUCGACUGCGUUGCGAGCUACGCCCGGAGGAGGCAGAGGGGGAUAUGCAUAUUGAGUGGGGGUGGUACGGUGACCAAUGUGAGCAUUAGGCAACCGGCUGCGGCUGGAGCUGUUGUUACCCUUCACGGAAGAUUCGAGAUACUGUCGCUUUCGGGUUCGUUUUUGCCGCCGCCGGCUCCUCCGGGCGCCACCAGUUUGACGAUCUUCCUGGCCGGCGGACAAGGGCAGGUUCUAGGGGGAACUGUCGUUGGGGAACUGAUGGCGGCUGGACCGGUUAUGCUCAUAGCAUCAUCGUUUACGAAUGUGACCUAUGAGAGUCUCCCUUUGGAAGAGGAUGAUAUGCAAGGCGGCGGUGACGGAGAUGACGGUGGAUAUAACAUGUUUACCGGUGCCGGAGACGGUCCGGGUGGGUUGCCUUUCUUCAAUUUGCCACUCCCUAUGGCACCUAAUGUCCAAUUGCCCAUUGAAGCAUGGCAAGGAAACUAGGUUGU